CAUUUUGGAACACAUAAUACUUACCACUUCUCCCUCGAAGUCCAAUCCAAAAAAACCCCAUGGAUCGUCCUCAGAAUCCCCUCCAAUUUUAGUCCUAUCCGGAAAUUCCUUGCAUGUUCUCGUAAUUCCGGCCACCGGCGUUGCAAUCUCAGGCUGAUUAACCCUCAGAUGUCUCCUCAAUGUCAAUUUCUGUUAUUGUUCUGCUUUUUAGGGUUAGGGUUUGGUGUUGAUUUUGGUCUGGGAUUAAAAGUUCCCUUCAGGGUUAAAGAUGUGCUGCCGGUGUUGCCACGCCAGGUUUCGUGGCCGGUGUUGAAUAACUUCCAUAGUGCGGUUGACUUGUUGCCGGCGUUUGUCGGAUCGGUGACUCCUAAUAAUGGAACUGUUUGGUGGAAAGGAGCUUGCUUUAAUGGAAACGAAGCUCGUAUGGAGUUCACGGAAAGCGAUCGGGGUGAGCCGGGAUUGGGCGGCGGCGUUCUCUAUCUCACGACAUCUGAAGCACACAGCUGGACCUGUAUGGAUCUUUAUGUUUUUGCAACUCCUUACAGGAUCACUUGGGAUUACUACUUCUCUGCUCGAGAGCAUACGUUGAAAUUUGACUCGUGGGAAGAGACUGCAGAGUUGGAAUACGUAAAGCAGCAUGGAAUUUCUGUGUUUCUCAUGCCAUCUGGAAUGAUGGGCACGUUGCUUUCUUUAAUAGAUGUGUUGCCCCUGUUCUCUAAUACUAUUUGGGGUCAGAAUGCCAACCUUGCGUUUUUGGAGAAGCACAUGGGUGCUAAGUUUGAAAAGCGUCCUCAACCAUGGCAUGUAACAAUAAGCCCAGAAGAUGUGCAUUCUGGUGAUUUUUUGGCAGCAUCAAAAAUCCGUGGUCGGUGGGGGGGAUUCGAGACAUUGGAAAAAUGGGUGACUGGUGCUUUUGCCGGUCACACUGCAGUAUGUUUGAAGGAUGAAAUGGGUAAUCUUUGGGUUGGUGAAUCAGGGCAUGAGAAUGAGAAGGGUGAAGAAAUUAUAGUGGUCAUUCCAUGGGAUGAAUGGUGGGAGCUGGCAAUUAAAGAUGGUUCUAAUCCUCAAAUAGCUUUGCUUCCUUUACAUCCAGAUAUACGAGCGAAAUUUAACUCCACUGCAGCUUGGGAGUAUGCCCGGAGCAUGUCGGGCAAACCGUAUGGUUAUCACAACAUGAUAUUUAGUUGGAUUGAUACUAUUGCUGAUAACUAUCCACCACCUCUUGAUGCUCACUUGGUCAUUUCUGUCAUGUCUAUGUGGACAAGGGUGCAGCCAGCUUAUGCUGCAAAUAUGUGGAAUGAAGCAUUAAAUAAGCGGCUAGGGACCGAGGAUUUAGACUUAUAUGGGAUUCUAGAGGAGGUUGAAAGGCGUGGCAUGGCCUUUGACCAAUUACUUACUAUCCCAGAGAAAGAUGAAUGGGUAUACAGUGAUGGGAAAUCAACUACAUGUGUUGCCUUUAUCCUUGAAAUGUAUAAAGAGGCUGGAGUCUUUGGUCCCAUUUCUAACUCUAUCCAAGUAACUGAAUUCACUAUUCGUGAUGCAUAUUCACUUAAGAUUUUUGAGAAUAACCAAACACGGCUGCCAAGUUGGUGCCAAAACGAGGAUGGUCAGCUUCCAUUCUGUCAGAUUCUUGGCGAGUACUGGAUGGAAUUGCCGCACUAUAACACCAUAGAGCCAUAUGCCUAUAUGAAUGAGAAUUGUCCGUCCUUACCUCCUAAUUAUGAAAGGCCCAUGGGAUGUUGACUCUAUAUCAGCCUGUUCGUUUCUUUUACCACAUUUUGCAGAAGAUGCACUAAUGCUGCCAUCCAAGCAUGUAUCAUGUAAUUAAGUGCAAAGGGGCAUUUUCUGCAGAACCAAAGAUAUGUAAGAACUACGAAUUCUUAUAUAUUCCUUUAGAUGUGUUGAUAUCUGUAAAUAUUUGUUAGAAGAAUACUGUUUAUUUACUAGCUCAAUAUUUAUUUUAAUUGUGAUUU